AUGGUGGAAAACCCCAGCCUGGCGGCCAAACCCGCCCUGCCGGCCGCCCCGCCGCGGGGGCCGGGACCGGCGGGGGGGCUGCGCUUGGCCGCCGUGAUGGAGAGCCUGCAGCGGCAGCAGGCGGCCCGCCUGGCCCGCGGCCCCGACGGCGCUCCCCGACGGCCCCCGCGGGAGCCCGGCCCCGGCCCCGGGCCGCCGCCCGCCGCUCCCCGCCGCCGCCCGGCCCCCGGCCCGCGCCCGCCGCUCGCCGCUGCCGGGGAGGAGGAGGAGGACGAGGAGGACGAAGAGGAAGAGGAGGAAGACGGGGAGCCCCGCGAGCCACCGCCGCCACCGCACCACGAAUGGACCUACGAGGAGCAGUUCAAGCAGCUCUAUGAACUGGAUGAGGACCCGAAACGCAAGGAAUUCCUGGAUGACCUCUUUGGCUUCAUGCAGAAGAGAGGAACACCAGUGAACCGCAUCCCCAUCAUGGCCAAGCAAGUGCUGGACCUGUACACGCUGUACCAGCUGGUGACAGACAAGGGUGGCCUGGUUGAAGUCAUCAACAAGAAGAUCUGGCGGGAGAUCACCAAGGGCCUCAACCUACCUACCUCCAUCACCAGUGCUGCCUUCACCCUCCGCACACAAUACAUGAAGUACCUAUAUCCCUACGAAUGUGAGAAGCGGGCGCUCAGCUCUCCCGGAGAGCUCCAAGCUGCCAUCGACAGCAACCGUCGGGAGGGGCGCAGGCAGACUUUUGGCACAGCACUCUUCAACUACUCGCCAGCCAGCACCCCAACCCUGCUGGGCACCCCCAAAAUGCCUCUGCCAGCUCUUAGCAUCUCCACUCACAGCUGUGGCCAGCUCAGCCAAGUGCACAGCGUUAAGAAAGAGGACGGAAUGCUGGCAGCAUCAGUGCCGGGGCGCAUUGCUAUCCCAGUGGGACUGGCCAGCCACCAUCUCACAGCAGCCCAAGCAGCAGCUGCCUCACAGGCAGUGGUGCUGGAGCAGCUGCGGGAGAAGCUGGAGACAGGAGAGCCCCCAGAGAAGAAGGUGGCCCUGACAGCAGAGGAGCAGCAGCGGAUGGUGCAACACGCGCUCCAGCACAACCUCCUGGCCAUGGCCUCCCAGUUCCCCAUGAACAUCAAGAUCUCCAACCGAGAUGACAGACAGGAGACCGCAUUGAACCUGUCCACCAACAGCAUUAGCAGUAUCAACAUGUCAAUAGAAAUAAAUGGAGUUGUCUACACAGGUGUCCUGUUCGCCCGCCGGCCCUCAGCCACCCUGGCACCUGGUGGAGGGAGCACCCAGACCCGUCCAAACCCCAUGCCUGCCCCAAACCCCCUGCUCUCAGCCUCCUCUCAAAGCCACACUCCCACUACCACCUCGCUGUAA